AUGGCGCCGGCGCGAGGAGCGGGAGGCGGCGGCAACGCCGCCGCCGCCGCCCCGAAGAGGGUGCCGAUGUACCGGCUGUUCGCGUUCGCGGACCGGCGGGACGCGGCGCUGAUGGCGGUCGGCGCCGCGGCGGCCAUGGCCAACGGCGUCGCGAUGCCCUUCCUCGCCUUCCUCGUCGGCGACCUCGUCGACGCCUUCGGCCCCGCCCACCGCGCCGACCUCGUCCACGCCGUCUCCAAGGUUGCUGUCAGAUUUGUGUAUCUAGCAUCAGCUUCUGGAGUAGCAGGGUUUCUUCAGGUGUCAUGCUGGAUGGUGACUGGAGAAAGACAGGCUGCACGCAUCCGUGGGCUGUACCUCGAGACCAUACUUAGACAAGAUAUAUCAUUUUUCGAUGUGGAGACGUCAACUGGAGAAGUUAUUGAAAGGAUGUCUAGUGACACAGUGUUAAUUCAAGAUGCAAUUGGAGAAAAGGUGGGCAAGUUUCUCCAACUGGUAUCAACAUUUCUGGGUGGAUUUAUCAUCGCAUUUACAAGAGGCUGGCUUCUGUCCCUUGUUAUGUUGUCAAGUAUUCCUCCUGUUGUAGCAGCUGCUGCAGUCAUGUCACUUGUUCUAUCAAAGUUAUCAAACCGUUCCCAGAUGGCCUAUGCUGAAGCAGGGAAAGUGGUUGAACAAACAAUAGGAUCAAUCAGAACGGUGAUAUCUUUCACUGGAGAGAGCAGAGCAAUUAGUGAAUACAAAGAGCAUUUGAAAAUAUCAUACAAGUCAGCAGUCCACCAGGGUAUUGCCGGGGGGCUUGGAGUUGGUUCACUUCUGCUUAUUGUUUUCUGCAGCUAUGGAUUAGCUGUAUGGUAUGGUGCAAAGCUGAUUAUUGAAAAGGGAUAUACUGGUGGCUAUAUCAUUAAUGUGUUGAUGGCCAUCAUGACUGGUGCAAUGGCUCUUGGCCAGUCUUCUCCAUGCUUAACUGCUUUUGCAUCAGGACAGAUUGCGGCUCACAAAAUGUUUGCAACCAUUUAUAGAAAACCUGAGAUUGACGCGAGUGAUAAGAGUGGCCUUAUAUUGGAGAACUUUGUUGGAAAUGUUGAGUUGAAAGAUGUCCAUUUCAGUUACCCUGCACGACCUGAGCAACUUAUCUUCAAUGGCUUCUCUAUAAGCAUUCCAACUGGCAUGACGGUGGCACUGGUUGGGGAGAGUGGAAGCGGGAAAUCUACUGUAAUUGGCUUGGUAGAGAGAUUCUAUGAUCCACAAUCAGGUGAAAUUCUUUUGGAUGGUGUUAAUCUGAAACAGCUAAACCUUAGCUGGGUAAGACAGAAAAUAGGGCUUGUUAGCCAAGAACCUAUUCUUUUCACAACUACUAUAAGAGAAAACAUAGAAUAUGGAAAGAAGGGUGCGACAGAGGAAGAAAUUAGGAGGUCAACUGUGCUUGCUAAUGCUGCGAAGUUCAUCGACAAGUUACCAAAUGGACUGGAUACAAUGGUUGGUGAGCAUGGAACACAACUAUCUGGUGGACAGAAACAAAGGAUUGCAAUCGCAAGAGCAAUUUUGAAGAACCCCAGCAUACUACUUCUUGAUGAAGCUACAAGCGCACUUGAUGCCGAGUCUGAGCAUGUAGUUCAAGAUGCACUAAAUAAUAUCAUGGUUAACAGAACCACAAUAGUUGUAGCACAUCGCCUGAGCACUAUAAAAAAUGCUGAUACAAUAUCAGUGCUACAUCGGUGA